CACAAAACUGAGACAGUCGCGACGGCGCGCUCGUUUCAAGCAGACGUUAACGAUUUGGUUCUUAUCCAGCGACCCCCGCUCUGAGUGCGUGUUGUGCUUGUGUUUGUGCCCUGUGCUACUGCCACUACUGUUCUCGUUCUCUCAGCCGUUCUGAUUCUGAUUUUGGUUGUGUGGCUUUUGGUGUGGCCUACCACUCUUACCACUCUUCCGCUGCCGCAGCUCCGACUUUUUUUUCGUGUGUUCUUUGGUGUUUAUGCCGCACGUAUCUCGGUGGAUCUGACCCCAGAGGAAGCAGCAGAUCAGCGAGCAGCCUGCAGGAUCCCCCAGAAUCGAAAGCAGCGAACUGCGAUUGCAGCACACAGUAGAAGCCACGAAGGGUGAACUCGACUAAGCCAACCAGUCAGGAAGAAAGCAAUUCGAAUCCGUCAGAAAGAAAAGACAGGAAGCAGCAAGAUGUCUCCGAAAGCGCUAAAUGUGCGCGUCACGACAAUGGACGCGGAGCUGGAGUUCGCCAUCCAGUCGACGACGACGGGCAAGCAACUGUUCGACCAGGUGGUGAAGACGAUCGGCCUCCGGGAGGUGUGGUUCUUCGGGCUCCAGUACACCGACUCCAAGGGCGACUCCACAUGGAUCAAGCUGUACAAAAAGCCCGAAUCGCCGGCCAUAAAGACCAUUAAGUAUUUGAAGCGCGUCAAGAAGUACGUGGACAAGAGGACGGCCGACAGCAACGGGAUGAGCCAGGCGGAGACCAGCGAGGAGGACGACGACGCCGACGAUAUGACUGGAUCAAUGCCGUUUUCGACUUGGGUGAUGAACCAGGACGUGAAGAAGGAGAACCCCUUGCAGUUCAGAUUCCGCGCCAAGUUCUACCCAGAGGACGUGGCCGAGGAGCUGAUCCAGGACAUCACACUGCGCCUGUUCUACCUGCAGGUGAAGAAUGCCAUACUGACCGACGAGAUCUACUGUCCGCCAGAGACGUCCGUGCUGCUCGCCUCCUACGCCGUGCAGGCGCGCCACGGGGACCACAACAAGACCACCCACACAGCCGGAUUCCUGGCCAACGACCGCCUGCUGCCGCAGCGCGUCAUCGACCAGCACAAGAUGUCCAAGGACGAGUGGGAACAGUCGAUCAUGACCUGGUGGCAGGAGCACCGCAGCAUGCUGCGCGAGGACGCCAUGAUGGAGUAUCUGAAGAUCGCCCAGGAUCUGGAGAUGUACGGCGUCAACUACUUCGAGAUCCGCAACAAGAAGGGCACCGACCUCUGGCUGGGUGUCGAUGCCCUCGGCCUGAACAUCUACGAGCAGGACGACCGUCUGACGCCCAAGAUCGGCUUCCCGUGGUCCGAGAUCCGCAACAUCUCCUUCUCGGAGAAGAAGUUCAUCAUCAAGCCGAUCGACAAGAAGGCGCCGGACUUUAUGUUCUUCGCCCCUCGCGUCCGCAUCAACAAGCGCAUCCUGGCCCUCUGCAUGGGCAACCACGAGCUCUACAUGCGCCGUCGCAAGCCGGACACCAUCGAUGUCCAGCAGAUGAAGGCGCAGGCGCGCGAGGAAAAGAACGCCAAGCAGCAGGAGCGUGAGAAGCUCCAGCUGGCACUGGCUGCCCGCGAACGCGCCGAAAAGAAGCAACAGGAGUACGAGGACCGCCUGAAGCAGAUGCAGGAGGAGAUGGAGCGUUCGCAGCGUGACCUACUCGAGGCCCAGGAAAUGAUCCGGCGGCUGGAGGAGCAGCUCAAGCAGCUGCAGGCCGCCAAGGACGAGCUCGAGCUGCGCCAGAAGGAGCUGCAGUCGAUGCUGCAGCGCCUCGAGGAGGCCAAGAACAUGGAGGCCGUCGAGAAGGCCAAGCUCGAGGAGGAGAUCAUGGCCAAGCAGAUGGAGGUGCAGCGCAUCCAGGACGAGGUCAACGCCAAGGACGAGGAGACCAAGCGGCUGCAGGACGAGGUGGAGGAGGCCCGUCGCAAGCAGGUCAGUGCGGCCGAGGCCGCCGCCGCUCUGCUGGCAGCGUCGACAACGCCGCAGCACCACCACGUGGCAGAGGACGAGAACGAGAACGAGGAGGAGCUGACGAACGGCGACGCCGGCGGCGACGUCUCCCGCGACCUGGACACAGACGAACAUAUCAAGGACCCCAUCGAGGACAGGCGCACGCUGGCCGAGCGCAACGAGCGCUUGCACGACCAGCUGAAGGCCCUGAAACAGGAUCUGGCGCAGUCGCGCGACGAGACGAAAGAGACGGCAAACGACAAGAUCCAUCGCGAGAACGUCCGCCAGGGUCGUGACAAGUACAAGACGCUCCGUGAGAUCCGCAAGGGCAACACAAAGCGUCGCGUGGACCAGUUCGAGAACAUGUAAGGCUCCUCCGGCUUCGGCUCCGGCUCCGGCUCCGGCUCCAACUCCGGCUGCCGCAGCUCCAGCCCAGUGCUGGAGAAGAGGGAGACAGAGGAGCUGAGGCUCCUCGAAAUGAAAGAGAAAGAUAUAACUACAAAUCAAGAUAAUAUAAAAGAGAUGGUGAAGAAGAAGCAACAAACAUAAUUCCGGUCGCAGCGACCUCCAACACUGCAACUAUAUCCCCCCCGGCCACACCCCGUCCCCUCUCGGAGAGGACCCUUCCUGCUAAGUUGAAAAAGCGAAAAUAUUAAGGAUAAUUAUUGUUUGACCGCCGUUUUUGUCAAGUAAAAAGAGAGAGAGAUAGAGAGAGAGCGCUCGAGAAGGAGGAGGAGAGAGCUUGUAUAGAGAAAUCGAGAAGAAUCAGCCAGAUAUACUUUACCUAACACCCCCACGCCCACACGCAUAUUAUAUAUAUAUUGUAUAACCGACAAACACGGCCAGGACGACCAGAAGCAGAAUCAAAUAAGGACAAUCGGAGAGCCAGAAACGAAAACACCAUUUUUCCCCCAAAAAUAGAAAAUCUACACAUUUCUCCUUUUCCCAAUGGAUUCAUAGAGAAAACGGACCGAAUAGUAAUGGAAAUCAAAACAACAAUAACAAUAACAACAACAGAAACAGCAACAAACAACAGUCUACUACAACAAAUAACAAAAAAAAAAACAGAAAACUAUUUGCAUUUUUCCCCCGUUAUAAUUAUUAUUUUUAUUAUUAUAUAAUUACUAUUUUUUUUUAAACUUGUAUAAUUAAAUAAGAACUUGAUUAAUUGUUUCUUAAAUUAACUUGAGAGAGAGCAACAAACAAAAAUGAGAAGAAAUAUAUAAAGUAUUUUUCUCCCUUUAA